AUGGACUUCAACAGCUCGUCGCCCUACCCCGAGGGCGUCAUCUCGUUCCUCGACACGGACUUGUACAAGCUGACAAUGCAAUGCGCCGUGCUCAAGUACUACAAGGAUGUCCCCGUCACCUACUCGUUCACGAACCGCACGCCCGAGAAGAAGCUGUCGCGCACCGCCUACCAAUGGCUCAGCGACCAGGUGCGCAAGCUCGGCAACAUCUCGCUGUCCGACGAGGAGCUGGCCUUCCUCAAGCUGCACUGCCCCUACUUGACGCCCGCCUACCUCGACUUUCUCAAGGAAUUCCGCCUGAACCCGCGCGAGGAGGUCACAAUCGCCUUUGUCCCCGUCUCGCCCAGCAGCAGCGGCACAGAGAGCCCCGACGACCUCGGCGACGUCGACAUUGCCAUCCGCGGGGCCUGGGUCGACACCAUCCUGUACGAGAUCCCCAUCCUGGCGCUGACCUCCGAGGCCUACUUCAAGUUCAUGGACACGGACUGGAACUACGACGGCCAGCAGGAGCUCGCCUUUGACAAGGGCAUGCGUCUGCUCGAGGCCGGCUGCGUGCUGUCCGAGUUUGGCACGCGCCGCCGCCGCGACUACCACACCCAGGCCCUCGUCUUCCGCGGGCUCGUGCAGGCGAGCCGCGAGGCCGCGGAGCGUGGUCUGCCGGGCAAGCUGUCCGGCACAAGCAACGUGCACCUGGCCAUGCGCUUCAACAUCCCGCCCGUCGGCACCGUCGCCCACGAGUGGUUUAUGGGCAUUGCCGCGCUGUCGGGCGAGUACCGCCAGGCGACCGAGGAGGCGCUGUGCCGCUGGGUGGGCUGCUUUGGCGAGGGCGUCCUGGGCAUUGCGCUGACCGACACCUUUGGCACGCCCGAAUUUUUGCGCGAAUUUGGCAAGCCCGUGCGGCGCCUGGAGGGGGACGCGCAGGGGCCGGCGGCACAAACAACAACAGCAGCCCGCCCAGUGCUCGCAUCGGCCGCUGACUCGUUUACGUCGGCAGCCUCCGACGCGCCGUCGCAGCCGGCCACGGGCCAGCAAACAGACAAGACCUACGCCCGCAUCUUCACGGGCGUGCGGCAAGACUCGGGCGACCCGACCGCGUACGUCAAGCUGAUGCGCGAGUUUUACGACGCCCAGGGCAUCACCGACAAGAAGGUCAUUGUCUUCUCCGACUCGCUCAACCUCGAGCGCUGCCUGGAGUACAAGAAGGUGUCCGAGGCCGCCGGCUUCCAGCCCACCUUUGGUGUCGGCACGUACCUGACCAACGACUUUGUCAACUUGACCACCGGCCUCAAGUCUGUGCCGCUCAACAUUGUCAUCAAGCUGAGCUCCGCCAACGGCCACCCGGCCGUCAAGAUCAGCGACAACGCAGGCAAGAACACGGGCGACAAGGCCACCGUCGACCGCGUCAAGCGCGAGCUGGGCUAUGUCGAGAAGGAUUGGGAGGGCGGCGACGAGACCCGGCGAUGGGGCAAAGAGGGCGACCGGCCCGACCAGCCCAUCAAGGCAUGA